GGUAUUUCAGCUCCCCGUUUGCGUCACUCGUCAGCGCCACUCCCGAGACAUCCCCUCUUGGACAACCAUAACCGCCCUGGCAAGAACAAAAUGAAGUCGGCGGCCACACCUGUGCUGCCUCUCGACCGAGUCCCUCAGCGUGGGGACCAAAGGCGGUCCAAGGCCAAGUGCCUCACUUUGGCGUUUCUCGUCCUGGCUUUCUUCCUUGUCCCUUUCCCGCAUCUCGGCUUUUCCGAGCGGCUCUUUGCGGGCCAUGCGGGACGAGAGACCGACUUCCGAUCGGGAUGCGAACAGCCGCAGCCUCUGCUGCCAAGCAAAGAUUCGAAGCUCGACAAGGUGUACGAGCACAUUGUCAGCAGCGGCUUCAGAAAUGCCACCAUCCGCCGUCUGGCCGGCGCUGUCCAGGUCAAGACCGAGUCGUUCGACGACCUCGGGCCUAUUGGCGAGGACCCGAGAUGGGAUGUCUUCUAUACCUUCCACAAGUAUCUCGAGAAGACUUUCCCGCUCAUCCACAGCAAGCUGCGGGUCGAGAAGGUCAACACACAUGGCCUGCUGUACACGUGGCGGGGCAGCGACGAGUCGCUGAAGCCGACGCUGCUCAUGGCACACCAGGACACCGUGCCGGUCCCGCCCGAGACCAUUGGUUCCUGGACGUACCCUCCCUGGAGCGGAGAGUAUGACGGCAAGUACAUCUGGGGCCGCGGUGCCAGCGACUGCAAGAACCAGCUCAUCGCCGCCAUGGAGACGCUUGAGCUGCUUCUCGAGGCCGGCUUCCAGCCCAAGCGGACAAUUCUGCUCUCCUUUGGCUUUGACGAGGAGUGCUCGGGCACCCAGGGAGCGUCGCACCUCGCAAAGUUCAUCCAGAACCGCUAUGGGAAAGACGGCAUCGCCGUCAUCGUCGACGAGGGGAGCGGCUUCGAACGGGCCUGGGGUACCCUGUUCGCAAAGCCCGGGACCGCCGAGAAGGGCUACACCGAUAUCCACAUCACGGUCCGUAUGCCCGGCGGCCACUCGUCCGUUCCGUCGGACCACACCAGUAUCGGCAUCCUCAGCGAGCUGAUCACCAAGAUCGAGUCGGAGCAGUACCGCACCCGCCUCGUCGACUCGAACCCCUACUACACCCAACUCCAAUGCGGCGCCGCUUACUCACCCGAGUUCCCGGACCAGCUCAAAAAGCUCCUGAGCCGCCGCCGGCGCCGUUCAGGUUCCUCCUAUCCUCGCGACCACACGUGCAAGAAACUGGACGCAAAGCCGGACCACCUCGCCCUGGAAGCCGCAAAACAGGGUCCUCAGAUCAAGUACCUGAUGCAGACUUCGCAGGCCGUCGACGUCGUCUCGGGCGGCAUCAAGGUCAACGCGCUGCCCGAGCGCGCCACCGCGGUUGUCAACCACCGCAUCAACAUCGGCGAGACGACGCAGCUGGUCAAGGACCGGCUGGCAUCCCUCGCCGCCGACACGGCCCACAAGCACAACUUGACGCUGCACGCGUUCGACGCCAAGGAGGAGGAGCCGCCGUCGUCGUCCUCCAUCAUCCUGGCCGCCUCGACGACGCACGAGCUCGAGGUCGCGCCCGUCACGCCGGCCGACGGCUCGGUCCAGAGGAGUCCGUUCGCGGUCCUGGCCGGCACAACGCGCGCGCUCUACGGCGACGAGGUGAUUGUCACGCCGGGCAUCAUGACGGGCAACACGGAUACGAGGUAUUAUUGGGGGCUGACCAGACAUAUCUUCCGAUUUGGUCCCGGGUAUGACCCCGAGGUUGGGCCGGGGCUGGGCAAGAUCCACACGGUGGAUGAGAGGGUCAGCGUGCUGGGUCAUGUCAACUCGGUCAGGUGGUUCAUGUUGUUUGUUAGGAAUAUGGACGAGGCCGAGCUCUAGGCUGGCACGCGAGUUGGAGUGGGUGUGUAUAACUAUGUGUGUUAACAUCAUGAUGGUAGAAGGUCGCCGGGGGGCAUCAUAGUUCUCUCUAGGUAUUCGGGUAUAAGCCAGAACUCGCUGUCGUAGUUUUCGGGACCUGCCACAAGCUUCCCAGUAGUUAUGUCUGUGCUCGCGCGGCCUAGCAACGCCCAUGGCAUGAAUACAAGGCCUUCA